AUGGAAGACUCAAAUACAGCCAAUACUCGGUCCUCACAUCUCCAGGUAGCUCCAGCUGAGAAUAUCGUUAAAACUCCCCAAGUUCCCAUUCCCGACUCAGCUCUACGACACCAUCAAUCCCGCGACGAUGGCUCCUAUUUCCCUCUGCAAGUCGGCGGCGAGCUGGCAAUUUCAACGUCCCCAACCCACUCUAAUAGCCUUGGUAUACCUAGAGUUGAGCUUAAGCAGGUCUUGAAGAAAGAACAGAGGAAGAGAGUCUCCUUGCCAGCGCAGAAGGAUGAAUCCGAAAUUGAAAAAGAGACGCCAGUCGAGGAGGAAAAAUCAACAGUUGAGGUUCAAACGCCAAAAAUUGAACAACCAAUGCCAGAAAUCAAGAAGAUGCCAGUCCACUCGAUGCCUACGCCGCCGUUGUCGAGAAGUGUGUCGGCGCUGAGCUUUACCUCCAAUCACAGUGCCAUGUCAACAACAUCCCAAUCUGAUAAGGAGACCUGGGAUAGGACAAUCGCUCGCGUGAUCAACGGUAUUGUCUCAAUUAAGGCGACAACCACCAGACCCUUUGAUACCGAAUCUGCAGGGGACUACACAGCGACAGGAUUCGUUAUCUCGAAAAAGCAUGGAUUGAUCCUGUCGAACAGACAUGUUGUUUCGCCUGCGCCCAUCACUUCUGUUGCCGUUUUUGUCAAUUACGAAGAGAUUCCCUGCUAUCCUGUGUAUCGCGACCCGAUCCAUGAUUUCGGGGUAUUUCGGUACGACCCAGCCAAGCUAAAGCAUAUCAAUGUUGAGGAAAUUGAGCUUCGCCCAGACUUGGCAAGGGUAGGUGAGGACAUCAAGGUUGUUGGUAACGAUGCAGGCGAGAAGCUCUCGAUCCUUGGCUCUACCCUCGCUAGGCUGGACCGACAUGCUCCUAGCUAUGGUGUAGACUCCUACAACGAUUUUAAUACAUUUUACAUGCAAGCCGCCUCUGGGACUUCCGGUGGGUCUUCUGGCUCACCGGUCCUGAAUAUCCACGGUCAAGCGAUAGCUUUAAACGCUGGUGGAAGCAACUCUUCCCAGAGUUCGUUCUAUCUACCACUAGACCGUGUGGUUCGCGCAGUCGAAAAAAUCAAGAAAGGAGAGCUAGUGAGCCGCGGUACGCUUCAGACAGAGUUUCUUCAUACCAGCUACGAUGAACUGCGAAGGCUUGGGUUGAAGGAGGAGGUUGAAGAAGAAUGCAGAGCCAGAAAUGCCAGCGCCACUGGACUACUCAGUGUGAUCCGAGUGCUCAAGGGCGGCCCUGCAAGCUCAGAAAGAAAGCGCGCCGAGCCGAAGGAGGAAGUUGUUCCCGAGGGUGUUACCAGGGUCGCAGGACUGGAACCUGGUGAUAUUCUUUUUGCAUGCAAUGACCAAUACAUCACAAACUUCAUUGCCUUGUGGAGUAUUAUUGACGAUAGUGUUGGGCAGGAUAUCGUACUUGAUAUCUUCAGAUCUGGGAAGGAAGGGAAGGAAGGUCCUAGAGGCAAACUGCAAGUCGUUUGCACUGUUCAAGACCUUCACGCGAUUACUCCCAAUAGGUUUUUGGAGAUUGGAGGUGCUGUGAUUCAUGACUUGAGUUACCAGGUCGGAAGGAGUCAUAAUGUAGAGCUGGGAACUGGUGUCUUCUGCGCAGCUUCUGGGUUUCUUCUGUGGUCAUCAUGGAGUCGAGACUUCCUCAUCACGCACGUUGCCGGAAAGCCAACAAAGAAUCUUGAUCAAUUCAUCGAGGUGUUCAAGACCCUUCCCGAUUAUGAACGGGUUCCAUUCAUGACAAGAUCUAUGGGAAGGAAUGAGGACCAGAUGUUGAUGGUUGAUAUCGACCGUCAUUUCUUCCUUGGCGCUUUGUUUGAGAGGAACGAUACUGCAGGAACCUGGAUCAGACGUGAAUUGGAACCUGCACCACUCAAACAAAUCGAACCAGUGAAAGAGGAGAAGGAAGAGGAGACUGCUUUCGAGGAGGAUGAAGAGGAGGAUGCCGAAGACGUCGGCUUGGACAAGAUCAAAUCCGCCCUUGUCAAUGUUGUCUGCCGCCUCCCAUACUCAAUCUAUGGCCACACCUCCGCCUCCAAUUAUUCUGGUGUUGGCAUGAUCGUAUCUCUUUCCCCUAUUCCUCUUGUGCUCUUCGAUCGAUCGUCUGUUCCAACUGAGAUGCUCGAUAUCCGUCUCACCGUCUCCAACAAGAACAUUCCAGGUCGUGUCGUCUACAUGGGUCAGUUCGCACUGGUUACCUUCGACAUCGAGCUUUUGCCCAAGAACGUUACCGUGCCUGAGUGGGAUGAAAAGCCACUCAAAGUGCGUGACGAGGUUAGAGUCGUCGGUUUAACUAGUGAUCAGCUGUUGGUCCAGAAAGAGACCUCAAUUGCUUCGAUCGGUGUCAACUUCAACACUUGGCAAUGCAAUCCACCGCGUCAUAGGUUGAUCAACAUUGAGAACAUCAAUGUUGCCGAGUCCUCUGGCUGCUGGGGCGGUGUCAUUGUCCGUAAGCCUUUAAAGGAUGCUUCAGACGAUGAGAAGAAGAGCUUGAAAGUAGCUGCGUACUACAUGGCGGUUUCUUCCCAGAACAAGACCGGGGACGAUUCAUACUGGACUCAGGGUCUCGACAUUAGACGAUACGUCCUUCCAGUCGUCGCUCGUAUCAAUGCAGAAAACGGCCAAGGCCAAAUUGAACCUCCUCGCCGCGAUCUUGGGAUUGAGUUUUCUGAUAUGCCCCUCGCAACCGUUUUCACUAUGGGCUUGUCCCAAAAGCGUUUCGACGCAUAUGUCAAGGCUGCAAAGAAGAUCCGUGGUGUACCUCGACCUUUGAUCGUCGAAUCGCGACUCCGACCAGCCCCAGCCGGGGAUGAGGAGAAGGCACUCAAAAUCGCGGAUAUUGUUUUAGAGAUUGACGGGAAGCCUAUUCAUCGUGUAUCCCAGCUCGCCGAGCUUGACCUCGAUACAAAGGAAUUUGUUGAGAUGGUCGUUCUCAGAGGCAGAUCUGAAAUCACGUUAACUGUGCCCACAACCCGUGCAUACCCCACUACUGGAACCAACGUGGUUCAGUUCUUUGGUGCCAUCGUCCAUGCUACACAUGCAGCUGUAUUGGAGCAGGUCGAUACUAAGAAUCCAUCGCCUCUUAUUCCCUUGUCAACUCCCGGUGUCUAUGUCGGUGGUGUUUCAUACGGAUCACCAGCUUUGGAUAACAUCAGACCAACACACUGGAUUCUGGAGGUUGAUGGUGUUCUAACUGGCAGCAUUGAAGACCUCACCAAUGUCGUUAGGACUAAGCAGUGGAAAACGGGUGAAUACAUUCGUAUCAAGCAGGUCAAUCGCAAGGGCAUUACCAGCGUUGUGAGUGUCAAGGUUGACGAGAGAUUUUGGCCUGUCCUUUCAUGGAAGCGCGAGGAGAGCGGCGCGAGAAAGUGGACUCAGGAGAGAAUCAGUGGAAUGGAGUUUGUAGAGGGAAGCAUUUAA